UCUAACUGGUGGAGACCACAGCUGUGGGUCAGAUAUAAGCAGCUUUUGCAGUUCACCCACAGAUGUCAGGAGGGAAGACUUCCAGAGAUUAACAGAAGAUGGCCCUGCUUACAUUUGCCCUGCUUCUCUCCAUUGCUCUCCAAGGCUGUGCCUUGACUUACAGCAGCGGUGGUUUGGAAAGCGUUCCUGAAGAGUUAAAAACCGGAGAUGUUUGCCAGGACUGCACCAAAAUAUUUGAACUCCUUGUUGACAUGCUUUCCAAUGCAGACCUGCAGAAAAAGAUCAUGAAUGGCAUUGAAAGCGUGUGUGCACUCAUGCACGGUCCAGCUGCCAAUCUCUGCAAACAAGAGGUGGAGAAGAUGUUCCCACUGGCCAUCAAUUUUGUUACUUCCAUCUUGAAACCAGCAGAGGUGUGUAAAGUCCUUGGGCUCUGCAGCUCUUGUGAUAAAGAGCAGAUGCUCAGCUAUUUUGCCCAUGAGGCCCUUCAGGCUGCUGUGACAAGUGAUAAUGUGAAGCCCUCAACCGAAUGCUCCUUCUGCACCUUCCUCAUCAAGACUUUGGAGGGUUUGCUUCCUAAAGAAAGAACCGAGGAAGCUGUGGUCAAGCUGCUGGAAGAGAUCUGCCAUAUUCUGCCGGCCGCCUACCGCAACCAGUGUGAGACUGUGAUUGACAAGGUCAGCAGGACAGUGCUGGAUGCAAUCCUGGCUUAUGCGACCCCGCAGGCCAUCUGUCACCUCAUGCACUUCUGCAAAGGGGAAGAAUCUCCGCUUGUGGAUCCAUGCACUCUGACAACAUACAGAUGCAGAGACGUCAAGACUGCUCUCAAGUGUGGAACUCUCUUCUACUGCCACAAAUUUGCCUGGAAGCCUCUGAACUACAACACAAUCUAAAGGGUUAAGCUCUAAUAAGAGUCAGCGUGGGGGACGCAGCCGAUAUUUCAUCGUGCACCAAAUCUUCAUCAGCUUGACAUCUGCAGCAUUUUAACAGCAUUUCACAUCCCAAUUUGAUUUCUUACUGCAUAUUGUAAUUUUUGCAUUACAUAUUCAGCCUGCACAGAGUUAUGAAAUCCAGAAAACAUUGUGCUCAAGUGUCAUCUUUACUCCACUACUGCUACUUCUUGAAGCACAGUAAACAUUACUGGCUCACAGAGUUAAAUUUCACUUUUUGCCUAUGUGCUUUUUUUUUUUUUUUUUUUAUACACCAAACAUUUAUCAAGUUUCCUGUCUCUUCUUUAAUAAAGUGUUUUUGUAGUGUU